CCAAAUCACGUGCAUGCUACUACCAAAAAAACAAAAAUCCUAUAUAUUUUAACAAGCAUAAAAUUAAAGCUUUGGUAAGACUGAUAAAAGAAAAACUAUAUAUACAUAAUAUAACAUAACAUUAACAGUAAUAUUGGUAAAAUUAAUAAAUAAAAGGUUACAGUUAUAAUCUAAAAAUCAUGUCCUCUAAGUAAAUACCUAAUCUAUAAACCAAUAAACAAAUACUGCUCAGUACAUUUAAGAAAAAUAAGAAAUCACCAAAAGUUUAUGGAAGUAAUCCUAAAUAUAAACAUUAAAUAGUUAUGAAGGUGUGUAUUAUAAAUUAGAGAUCAAUGGUGUAGAAUUAUGAGAGACCUAUUUGUUAGCAUAAACUAAAAGUUGAGAGCUUUUUAAACUUGGAAAAGUCUAACAACCUUUUGUGCUGUGAAUCUCUACAACCCCACAUUUUCUUAACAGAAAACAAACUGUUUCUUUUAUAUUUCCUUUUUCUUUUUUUUUUCCAAAACACAUUCUGUUUUUGGAACAUGCGAUUAUAAAUCAAAUCUUUCAUUCAUAGAGUCCAAAUGGGCAUUUUAGCCAAAGAGUAGAAAAGCCCCCUAAUCACUAAUUAUUAUUUCACAACAAAAAAAAAAAAAAGGAAAGUAAAAAAAAGGAUUUAUAUAUAUAUUGGUUAUUAGUCAUAGAUUACAAAAUCAAAGAAUAUCAUCAUCAUCAACAUGUCAUUUGGUUCUUCUCAUAAUGGGAAUGAUAGAAAGAAAAAGAUUGCCAUUAUUGGUACAUCUACAUUAAUUUUGGUGGCGAUGGUGGUGGCGGUAGCAGUCGGUUUCAACCGCGGUGAAACCGACUACCAAGCUACCGCCAGCCCUUCACCUGCGGGUAGUGUAUCUACCACGUCAAAGGCCGUUCAGGCCAUUUGUCAACCCACCGAUUACAAACAAACUUGCGAGAGCACAUUAAGCAAGGCGGCCGGCAACACAACCGACCCGAAAGAGCUCGUAAAGGUUGCAUUCGACGUAGCCGUAAGUUACAUUGGCGAAGCCAUAAAGAAGUCAUCGACAUUAAAGGAGCUUGCAAAGGAUUCAAGAACAAACCAAGCGUUGGCUAAUUGCGACGAGCUUCUCAACUACGCGAUCGACGACCUCCAAGACUCUUUUCACAGGAUUGGACCUUUUGAGAUGUCUAAACUUGAUGAAUACAUGGAUGAUUUGAAGAUAUGGCUUAGUGCUGCUGUUACCUACGAGCAAACAUGUCUAGAUGGUUUCGAAAACACGACCGGUGAGGCCGGGGAGCGAAUGAAAUCGCUUCUAAAGACGUCUCAAGAGCUUACAAGCAAUGGUCUUGCUAUGGUGACAGAGAUCUCUACAAUCUUAUCGAGUUACAACAUUCCAAUGAACAUUAGCCGCCGCCUUUUGUCGAGCGGCGGCGGCUUCGAGAGCGGUCCUGGGUGGGUGAAUGAGGGACAACGGAGGCUGUUGGCGGCGAAAGGGCCGAAAAUAAAGGCGGAUGUGGUGGUGGCUAAGGAUGGGAGUGGGAAGUACAAGAGUAUUAAUGAGGCUUUGAAGGAUGUUCCUAAGAAGAAUAAUAAAACUUUUGUGAUUUAUAUUAAGCAAGGAGUUUAUGCUGAGAAAGUUAUGGUUGAUAAGCAUAUGACUCAUGUUAUGAUGAUUGGUGAUGGCCCUACUAAGACUAGGAUCACCGGAAAGGAUAACUUCAUUGACGGAACCCAAACUUUCAAGACCGCCACCGUCUCCAUUGUUGGAAACAACUUCAUAGCAAAAGACAUGGGAUUUGAGAACACAGCAGGACCAACAAAGCACCAAGCAGUAGCCCUCCGAGCCAACUCCGACAUGUCAGUCUUCUACAACUGCCACAUGGACGGUUAUCAAGACACUCUCUACACUCACGCCCACCGUCAAUUCUACAGAGACUGCACCAUCUCCGGCACAAUCGACUUCAUCUUCGGUGACGCCGCCGCCCUCUUCCAAAACUGCAAAAUGGUUGUCCGAAAGCCUCUAGAAAACCAGUUCUGUAUCGUCACCGCCCAAGGCCGAACCGACAAGCGCGAGGCCACCGGAUUAGUCCUCCAAAACUGCACCAUUGCCGGCGACCCGCUUUAUCUACCCAACAAGAACAAGAACAAGGCUUAUUUGGGAAGACCGUGGAAGGAGUAUUCGAGGACCAUUAUUAUGAAUUCACAAAUUGAUGAUAUUAUAGCUCCCGAAGGUUGGUUGCCUUGGGCUGGAACAUUUGCUAUUAAUACUUGUUUCUAUACUGAGAUUUCGAAUCGGGGCCCCGGAUCCAAUAAGGUUCGACGGGUCAAGUGGAAAGGAAUUAAGAAUGUUCCAACCACUAGAGCUACUCAGUAUACUGCUUCAAGGUUUAUAAGGGGUGAUGCUUGGAUUAAGGCUACUGGAGUUCCCUACACUUCUGGCCUCAUAAAUGUAUAGACAUAUAUAUAUACGUAUAUAAAUACUUAUUACUUUUACGUAUGUACGUACUUAUAUAUGCAUGUAUGCAUGCAUGCACCGUAUUAAUUAGUAGUGAUGUAUGUAUGUUUUUUUUUUUUCUAUUAACCAAGGGAAAAAAGGAGAGGAUAUAAGAAUAAUUAAUGGAGCUUAAUUUGUUUAAUGUAAAAAGAGAUCGAUUUUAAUGU